GUAUCCUGCAUCUGGGCGGGCGGUGCUUGACGGAUUCUGCCUUGCUGGAAUCGACGCGCCGGGUCCUAUUUUCUAAAGCGGCGCUCUUUCUCAACGGUCAAUUUUUGUUCACCCAUCAGACUACGUACUAAUUGCUGCCGUGGCUGCGGAACUGCAUCUAGACGUCACUGACCACGCAGAAGAGUUGUCGUGUUCCCGAGGUCCUCAUAUCGCACCUGGACUUACGGGCGGCCGCUGCGGUGGUGAAAGGACGUUCGGUGAAUCUGCUUUUUUUUCCUAACCAGAACCUGUGUGGCGACAAGGACGCCUAGAGCACCCUGCGUGGUUGAAGAACCAUGUUGCCAGUACUCCUUAAUUCGUGACUGUCAUCGCUCUCCUCCUUUUCCUCAGCCUAUUACAACUGGAGUUCAACAGCGUCAACGCAAUGCCCAGACAAGACGACCAAGACGAAACAGUGGUUACCAUAGACGACAUUGAGCGCUUGGGUGAGGCCAAUCUGGAUGAUGCCACCAGAAGCUACAUCGCCAGCGGAGCGGGCCGAGGGCAGACGCUGAAAGAAAACACCAAUGCGUUUAUGAGGCUCCGCUUCAGACCAAGGUCCCUUGUGGACGUAUCGAAGAUUCACACUGCUACUACAGUGUUAGGUCGAAAAAUAUCGUUUCCGCUAGGCUUCUCCCCUUCCGCUGCACAUAUGAUAGCACAUGAGGACGGAGAAUUUGGAACUGCAAGAGCUGCACAGGACGCGGGUACCGUGAUGGUUGUGAGCGCCAUGAGCACAGCGUCGAUCGAAGAUAUCAGAGCCAGUGCACCGGGCUGCCUUCUAUGGCAGCAGAUGUACAUCUUCAGGAACCGCUCUUUGACAGAGUCCAUGAUCAGGAGGGCGGAGCAUCAAGGCAUUGCUGCCAUAGUGGUCACCGUUGAUUCACCCGUCUAUGGACAGGCCAUAUUCAUCAACAAGAAUAUGUUCGUCCUUCCGAGAGGCCUCAGGUUUGCAAACCUGGAAGCAUCAUGGCCCGGAAGAUCAUUCACAUUCGAUCCUUCCAAGGAAGGCUCUAUAGGACACCUGCUGUCAUCAUCGGUGACGUGGGAGGAUUUCCGAUGGUUGCGUUCUAUCACGACACUUCCACUUGUGGCAAAGGGUAUCCUGACCGCUGAAUCGGCCCUCGCGGCUUACGAGAAUGGCGCGUCGGCAGUUGUGGUCUCAAACCACGGAGGAAGGCUGCUCGACGGAAACCGCGCGACGAUCGAGGUAUUGCCAGAGGUGGUUGCCGCUGUUGGUGACCGUAUGGAAAUCUACUUGGAUGGCGGCGUCCGAUCUGGAGCCGAUGCUGUGAAGGCAGUGAGCUUUGGUGCCCGGGCAGUGUUCGUCGGCAGGCCUGCGCUUUGGGGGCUCGCUUACAACGGGAAACACGGUGUGGACAAGGUGUUGGAAAUCUUCAGAAGUGAAUUCAACCACACGAUUCAGCUACUUGGAGUGCCAGAUGCCAAGAAUUUGGGCACUGACUUUGUCGUCCGUGAACCGUACUACUCACAGCCACUGCAGCCAAACGGCGCACCGAGACAUCCUUGGGGUGAUUUGUUCGAUUACAAGAUUGCCGUAAGGUAGCACUGACAAGGCGUUACGAAGUUAUCCCAUAUGUAACAUGAAAUAAUUUUUCAACUGCUUCAGCCUUUCCCAUUGCCAAUGAUACAAUAAAUGCGAAUGAAAUUUGUGUUGCUUUGGCUUUUGAUGGCCUCACCGAAUAAAACGAUG